ACCACUAAUUGAAGGAGUGAGAAGAGAACAGCUCGCUUUGGAAACCGGACUGCAGGGCUGUGAUCCAGUUCUGAGCUGGUGAUAAACACUCCCCUGUGACUUUUGGUCAAUUCAGCCACCAGAUUCCAGCCAACAUGACUCUUGCAGCCUAUAAGGAGAAGAUGAAGGAACUCCCACUAGUGUCUCUGUUCUGCUCUUGCUUCUUGUCUGAUCCCCUGAAUAAAUCAUCCUACAAAUAUGAAGGCUGGUGUGGGAGACAGUGUAGGAGGAAAGGUCAAAGCCAGCGGAAAGGCAGUGCUGACUGGAGAGAAAGAAGAGAACAGGCAGAUACAGUAGACCUGAACUGGUGCGUCAUCUCUGAUAUGGAAGUCAUCGAGCUGAACAAGUGCACCUCGGGCCAGUCCUUUGAAGUCAUCUUGAAGCCACCUUCCUUUGACGGGGUGCCUGAGUUUAAUGCCUCCCUCCCAAGACGGCGAGACCCAUCAUUAGAAGAGAUUCAGAAGAAGCUAGAAGCAGCAGAGGAGCGAAGGAAGUACCAGGAAGCUGAACUCCUGAAACACCUCGCGGAGAAACGAGAGCACGAGCGAGAGGUGAUCCAGAAAGCUAUCGAAGAAAACAAUAACUUCAUCAAGAUGGCAAAAGAGAAGCUGGCCCAGAAGAUGGAGUCCAAUAAGGAGAACCGGGAGGCCCAUCUGGCUGCCAUGUUGGAGCGGCUGCAAGAGAAGGAGCCGCCUGCUGCGCGGUGACUCCCGGGACCGAUCGGUGGCCUCGUCCCAUGGAUACCUUCGCUGACAGCUCUGCUCUGCCCGUGGUGACCAUCUUUUGCGUUCCAUUCUCUUGCCCUUUGUCCUCCCCUGGCAGCCUUGUGUGACCCGCCUUUGUCCCUCCCUUCCUCCCCAGGACAAGCACGCAGAGGAGGUGCGGAAAAACAAGGAGCUGAAGGAAGAGGCCUCCAGGUAAAGCCCAGAGGCCAAGGAAGUUUCCAGGACAGCCGGACAGCUCCCGUAGCAACCUGGUUCCAGCAGCCUCGGCUGCUGGCUGCUCUCCCAGCACUGGGGUUCGGGGGGAGGGGGGUGGCCAAGGGGCGUUUCCUCUGCUUUUGGUGUUUGUACAUGUAAAAGAUUGACCAGUGAAGCCAUCCUAUUUGUUUCUGGGGAACAAUGAUGGGGUGGGAGAGGGGACAGUGAGCGUGUGGAAGAGGGAGGUGAAGAUGAGCCCAAGGACAUUGUGACACUGUCCACUGACUGCAGACUUGGGCCAAGGCCCCCGCUUUUCAUGGCUCUGCCUGGACAUCCGGCCUCCAGGUUCCGAGUGGAGAGAAGAUGAGAACUGGGGUAGAAGUUCAGAGUGAAGGGCAGAGUCCUGGCGGGGUGGUGGCUGCAGGGCCAGCAGGACAAGCCCGUCUGGAUGGAGUGAGACCUGCCCUGCAGCGGGUGGGAUAAGGUCUGUGUGCGUCUGUUCAUUGUCAUCUUUUGAUCAUCAUGACCAAUGAAACAUUUACUUCCA